AUGGCAUCUGUGUUCACAUACGAUCCUGACCCUCCGCGGGUCUCUUCUCCGUGGUCCACAUCAGGGUCCUCGACCCCUCAAUUCUCAGCAACUGGCAAUCGCACGGUGCCUCGAGCACGUUCAAGUACGAACUUGGACCGCGCGGAUCCUGAUUCACUCUCCGAUUAUGGGAUCACCAAACUGGACCCUGAACCCCAAGAGGGCCCCACAGAGUACAAGCUUCAUUUGCUCCUACGCCCUCGACGACCCUAUGUUUCCAUGUCUACUAGCCACCUCGUGGGAGGCUCAUAUCACUCCCGAGCAAGCUUGUCAGCCGAUAGUCCCACGCCUUCCAGCUACGAGUCAAACCCGAAACCGCAGCAGACUCGCUCGACUGAAAGCCGUCAGCAAAGGCUGCAGCAUCUCACAACGCAGCUUCUGUGGCGAUUACAGCAGUCUUCGCCCUUUCAUUCAUCUACGGCUGCAAAUCUUGUACUACCAGUACUUCCAGAAGCAACAACCCAGCUAGGGGAGGCACAGAAACCUGCUCGUUUACUUCCCGGGCUAGAGGAGAGCCAGGGAGCUCUGUAUGAGGUCGGCGUUGCUGAUGAUGGAACGUUUGUUGGACUCACUCAAGAUGAGUUGGAGGAGAGCUUGUCCACUUUGCAGGUUAUGGCCGCCAGCUUAGGCUGCAAGAUAGAUGUCUUACGCAGAGUAAAUGUUGGCAGUUGCGAAUGGGCUGAGGAUCCCUACUCCGAGAACGUGGAUACCGGUAAGGUCCAUGCAGAACGCCUUUGGGUUGCAGAAGCGUUGGUAAGCCCUGACUGGGACUUUUAUCGCGUCAAGUCUCCCAAUAAAGGCCAGACGCAGGAUGAUUCAUCUCCUGACAAUGCGAAGGGAGAAGACUCGCUAGGCAGUUCCUCCAGUACUGAGCAGAUCCGUAUCUCCAUUGCUGGCCCCAGCGCGGCCGGCAAGUCUUCUCUAUUAGGUACUUUGACCUCAUCUGUGCUAGACAAUGGAAGAGGAACAAGCAGAUUAGGUCUGUUGAAACAUCGGCACGAAAUCUCGUCAGGGAUCACCAGCUCUGUUGCUCAUGAAUUGAUCGGAUAUGCCGCAGAUGAACCACAGGCACAAACUGUGGAGGUAAUCAACUAUGCCUGUGGCAACGUUGCAGCUUGGGAUGAUAUCCACGCCGCCUCGGAGGGUGGGCGUCUAGCGUUUGUCUCUGAUCUACCAGGUUCAGUACGCUAUAUGAAGUCCACGUUACGAGGACUGGUCGGUUGGGCCCCUCAUUAUGUCCUUCUUUGCAUCCCAGCAACUUGCGAUGAUGAGGCUACUGCGGAAUCUGGCCAAUCUGCUGAGCAAUCUGCAGACAUGACACUUGCGUUAUCACACCUGGAGCUCUGUGCUAAGAUGGAGAUUCCUACUGUUGUUGUUAUUACCAAGAUGGACAUGGCAUCCCGCUCAGGCCUGCGGAACAAUCUUGCGAAAGUACUAUCGGCUCUCAAGUCAUCUGGCAAAAAGCCAGCGAUGAUGUCCGUUCCAACCGCCCAGGCAGUGGACCUACAGCGUACAGAGCCGAAGGAUGCGGCAGAGGUGCGGAAGCUGAUUUCCAAUACAGAAAGCUGGGAAUCGACUGUCCCGAUCGUUCUUACAAGUGCGGUGGAUGGCUCAGGCAUAGGAAAACUUCAUGCACUUCUUCGAUACCUCCCCAUUCCCGCGAAGCCGCCAUCACGGGACAUCUCAUUGUCGAAGACACAAGCUGCUUACACCCUCCCUGAAGAUAUCUUUGAUAUUGACGAAGUAUUCGCUAUUCCGCCCUCCAAGGUAUACUCAGUAGCUGCGGAGCAAGAAAGGAAGGAAGCUCAUGGCGUGGUUCUUUGUGGUCUGGUGCGCUACGGAUCUAUUUCAGCAGGAGACGAGCUACUCGUCGGACCUUUGAUGCCUAGCACAUCUGACUCGGGAAAUUGCUUACAGAGGCAGAGGAGUCGAUCAGAGAAACGGCUGGACAGCAUUCAGCAUUCUAGCGCGAAUCGCAGACCCGUUUCUGGGGAUUUUUCAACCUCUUUUGUUCAUGGCUCACUACCUGGGAAGUCAUCUUUCCCACCGCAGGCAUACUGGCAACGUGUCCGCGCAGUUAGUGUGCGGAAUCUGCGACUUCCAGUUCAAAAACUGACACAAGACCAAGUGGGAACGAUCGGAAUAGAACCGUUGCCCUUGACUGCGAAUGGGGAGGCGCCACGACUGGGAAGAAUACGAAAGGGUUCCAUCUUGCUCAAACUGGCAGCACCAUCUGCUUCUAUACCAAGAACCGUUCCGUUUCACACUGGCUUCGUAGCCAGCUUCCCGUCUAGCGAGUUCGCGUCUCCGCUGUCCCCGCCGGUGCUGCUGGGAGGUAAUGCCACAGUAUAUGUGGCCAAUGUUCGCACGACAGUGAAGUUGUCGAGCAUGUCUCUUGCAGAGGAUGAGGUCUUCUCCCGGCCAUCGUCACCAACCGAACCGGAGUUCUUCAGUUUUGACGGCGACACUUCAGGCCACGAACGUGGUCACGAACCAGGGGUACAAGAGAUGGUACAGUCGUCUAUCAACCCAGGACAAGGCGAUAUCAAGAUCACAUUCGAAUUUGUAUCGUCAGUUGAGUGGAUCGAGAUUGGAUCGAAGGUCCUUCUGAUGCCCGGAACAUCAGCAGCGCUGGCAUCUGCGCAGGGGUCUAGCCAGUCUUCGGGACUAGAAGGCUUUCAUGGUCGGGUGUGCGAUGUUCUUUGUCUUGAAAAUACUACUAGCAUAUGA